CUAAACCGCCUCUUGCCAUCUGUCCCAAAGGACUUCCACGCCAUUGGCUGGCGGAGGAAAGGAGGCGGGGUCCGGCCGAUUGAUAAAGAGGCAGAAGAGGCGGAGCCCGGUGCACGUACAACAAGUGAAAGAGGAAGGAGAGCCGCCGCGUUACCGCGGCAACGCAGAGGACGUGAUAGCAGAGGACACCCAGCAAGAAUGUCCCAGCCGGGUAAAGUUCUCCACCUGUACGUGGAGGUGAGAUCUGCAUCCGAAGAAGACAGGAGACCUCCCGGGACGGGACAUGACGGGAGGAGUCACCUUGUCCUCAAGUGCCCGGACCUUCUCCCCCAGUCUCAAAGGAGUUCCCUCCUCUCCAGCCCGAGUCCAGACCUCCAGCGUCGAAUACGACACGUCUCGCCCCCGUCCAGUUCGUCCUCCAGACGCUCGCUCAGUCCUCAGGAUUCGUCCCCUUACGUCCACCAGGAGGACGCGUUACCGAGUACUUUUGAGGACUUACUUCAGGUUCUUACCGGUCCGGGAGAGGAGCGUCCGACCGGACCUCCCGCGGAAAGGAAGACGUCAGUGGUGACCUUCGGGUAUAUCGAGAAAGCUAACGUUCAUAUGAUGGGCGCCCGCCAAAACGAGUUUGCGAGAAACGUGCCGUUUGGGCCCGCCCACCUCAGGAAGCGACUGAGUGACCCGGUAGGAGGAGGCGGAGUCCAAACCUGCCCCAUUCACCGUUAUCCUGCUAGCAUUAGCGGCUCACCUUUGCAGAGAGAUGCGGUGGCUCGAGACGCCACCUGCCGAGCCUUGGAGGAGUUCGGCUCCCCGGAACUCCGGCGCCGCUUCGCCGUUCCCGGCCCGACUCCUCUCCGACACCCUGCGUCGACCUGCCGCUCCUGGGCGGGCUCACCCGUCCCGCCCCGUGACACCCUCGCUUUACCGUGCGACGCUCGUCUCCGAGACGUCGACGGGGGACUCUGUCUAAACGGAAUACCCGGAAGCCCAGCCUCGGAACGGCCGCGCACCCACACAGGCCCUCCCCGGAAUCGGUCGGGGCGCGAUAGCCCGAGAACCUCCUCGGAUGCCCGGCGCAGAGUCCCGGGCGGAAGAGCGCCCUCUGGAGGCUCCUCCCCGUUUUCCGACGCGGACAAUUUUUGGGGAAGACAAAGUCCCUCUUUGACGCCGUCCCCGACGGAGUCUUUGAGGUCCAUCAGUCCGAGCGCGGGAGAGUCGGCGCUUAGAAAAUCCCGUCUUACCGAGGACCGAUCCCCGGAAAUCCCCAGAUGGAAAUCUAAACCUGAACCGCGACCGCGGAACCUUCCGGACAUGCGGCAGUUGCACUCUCAACCAGAGCAGCAGUCAACAGAUGCCACCAGAGACCACGGACCUUCACGCUCGGAGUGCAAGAAUCGCUCCCGUAACCCCGACCUCUCUGCUAGGCUCGGAACAUCAGAGACUUCACGGCGGGACCUAAGGAGCCCGAGUCCCAUUGGGGAUAGGCUAGAAAUUCUUAAGGACGAGUCAGACUCUGCUUCGAGACUCAAAGAAGAAAGAUUUAGGAACCGGGCGGAUGACGAGGACAGGAAAUAUCAGCAGAAACCAUUCGGGGGUUUGUCGAGGACCCCGCGAAGAGACAGCGGGAAGACUGGAAAUUCGAGGGAAGGAGACGUAUCACCCUCAGAAAUCCGGAGCCGCACAGGAAUGCAGUCGAGCGGGAGUUCAAGUGCCAGUCCGUCGUCGAGGUCGCAGAAAAUCGCUCAGGCCAAGUGGGACUUCCUGUUUGGAGCGCAGAGCCUGGAAGGCCUCGCCAACAAAGGCACCGGUCCGCCCUCGCCAAGCCCCGCCUCCGCCCAGCCGGCCGCUCAAAGAUCGUCGCCCCUCCGCAAGGUCCGUCAGAUCGAAGUGGAGCUGCUCGCCUCCGUCCCGGGAGGUUCAUCCCCCGAGACGGGCGUGCUCCGGCGUAGCGUCAAAUACUCCGAGACAGACCUGGACCGCGUCCCUUUGCGGUGCUACCGAGAAACCGACCUGGACGAGGUGAUGCGGGCCGAAGAGGAUCCGGCUUCGUUGAGGUUGCGCUUGGGCCAGGAAGGGCCGGCGGAGGAGGACCGGGGUGAACGCCCUGCGGAGAAGGUUGCCCCCGUCCGCGAAGACGGCUUCAGUUUGCUGCUAAAGGGGACGUCGGAAGUGAAAGGAACGGCGUCGGCGGCGCCCGAGGGCCACCUGGACUCUUUCAGCCGCCAUUUUGAAAACAUCGUGGAGAGUCACCGGGCUAAAGGAACCUCCUACAGCAGCCUGGACAGCGUCGAUCUUCUCGCAGCACCCGUCUUCACCUUUGACUUGCCCACGCUCACCCCCGAGAUCCAGAGCCAGAUUUGCGAGAGCGCCAAGAACAUCAUUCAGCUGAGCUUCGCUCCCGUGUCCGGCUCGCCGCCGCAAGAAGACCGGCGUCCGCGACGCUCCAUCCUCAAAGCCGGCUCGGCGCCGUCACUCCGCGACGCUGCCAGGGAACGUGCGCUCGACUGCCCCCCCGAGCUGCUGUACCCGCAAGCCGACGUGGCGGCGCGACUGGCGGGCGCCGACGGCCGGAACGAGAACGGCGGCGGCGAGGACAACGCCGACCCGCUGGCCGCCAAACGCCUGGCCGGACGCCUCCACCGGCUGCGCGGCUUCCGCAAGUCGGACGUGGCCUCGCACCUCAGCAAGAAUAACCAGUUCAGCCAGAAGGUGGCGGAAGAAUAUCUCAACAACUUUGACUUCAGCGCUCUCACCAUCGACCAAGCGCUCAGGUGUUUCCUGAGCAAGUUGACGCUGACGGGAGAAACUCACGAGCGGGAACGGGUCCUCGCUCACUUUUCCAAGAGAUACGUGGCCUGUAACCCCGACGGACAAACGGCGCAAGACGGCGUCCACACGCUGACCUGCGCGCUGAUGCUGCUGAACGUGGAUCUCCACGGCAACAACGUGGGCAAGCGGAUGUCCUGCGCUCAGUUCAUCUCCAACCUGGAAGGUCUCAACGAUGGAAAAGACUUUCCCAAAGACAUGCUCAAGGCGUUGUACUCGUCCAUCAAGAAGGACAAACUCCAGUGGACGGCUGACGAGGAUGAAUCGCGGACGACGACGAUGACGGGGGACGGACGGACGGACGCCGCCUCCCACACCAUGAAGCGAGAAGGGAGCGGUCGCCGCCGCCUGGCCGACGGCGAGCUCUACAAGAGCGGCUUCCUGCUGCGCAAAGUCCACGCCGACGCCGACGGAAAGAAAACGGCGCGGGGCAAGCGAGGGUGGAAGUCCUUCUACGCCAUCUUGAAGGGUCGCGUCCUCUACCUGCACAAGGACGAACGCGACGGCGAGCGAGAGCUGACGGAGGAGGACGUGAAGAAGGCCGUGUCGGUGCAUCACGCGCUGGCCAUGAGAGCCGCCGAUUACGCCAAGCGCCCCGAUGUCUUCUACCUGCGCACCGCCGAUUGGAGGGUCUUCCUCAUGCAGGCCCCGUCGAGCCAGGACAUGCGCUCUUGGAUCACCCGCAUCAACGUGGUGGCGGCCAUGUUCUCGGCGCCGGCCUUCCCGGCCGCCGUGGGCUCUCGAGAAGGCUUCGUUCGCCCCCCGCUGCCCGGAUCCCUCACCAAGCUGUCGCAGGAAGAGCAGGCGGCGUCUCACGAGGCCCGCUUCCGGGCGACGUCCUCCGAGCUGGAGCGGCUCCUCGGCGACGAGACGCGGGGGCGGGUCAAAGGCCGGCGGACGGACGAGCACAAAGCCAGACGAGAGUACUUGGAGUUCGAGAAAACGCGUUACGGUACCUAUGCCUUGCUGCUGCGCGCCAAGAUGGCCGCCGGCGAGGAGGACUUGGCGGCCUUCGAGGAGCGACUCGCGGAGGACGCCGGCGACAAAGAGGACGGCGGGGAGAAGACGCGCAGUUCCAAAAGCGGCCUCAAGAUGGCCUCGUCGCAUUUGCUGUGCGGCGACGGCGAGCGAGAAGAAGGGAACGACCAAUAGAUGACGUGCGGAGAGAGCGCCAUUAGCGUAGGUUUUUGACGCUGUUAGGUACUUCCCCCGAGCCUGAUGCCGUCACCAUGGCCACAGAAAGUGAGCAGAUCACCACCGAGUUUUCUGGCCCAACAGGGAGAAAAAAAAGGGACUACGAGAAUAAAGUUAUAAUAUUAGACCAUGGUUGCUUUGCUGUAAUGCUUUGGUAUUUCUACUCAUUUCCUGUUGGUUUUCAGGGAUUUUAAGGUCACUUCAUGUUUUGAGGUCACUUCCUGUUGAUUUGGUGGCAUUUCAGGGUCACUUCCUGGUGAUAUUGGGUCACUUCAUGUUGAUUUUUGAGUCAUUUCCCAUCGAUAUCGGGUCAGUUCCUGUUAAUUUGGGAACCUUUUAGUGUCACUUCCUGUUUAUAUUGGUUCACGUCCUGUUGAUUUGGCGGCAUUUCAAGGUCACUUCCUGGUGAUGUUGGGUCACUUCCUGUUGAUUUGGGGGCAUUUCGGGUUCACUUCCUGUUAUUGGGUCAUUUCCUGGUCAUCUGGGAGUCACUUCCUGUUGAUAUUGGGUCACUUCGUUUAGAUUUAUGGGUCACUUCCCAUCGAUAUCGGGUCAGUUCCUGUU